CUUACCGUAAAGAAAACUUCUACCUUAGUAAACAGUAAAUUCGUCCAGGUUUUAUUCGUGAUUUUUCAAGACAGUUGUUAAAAUAGUGUCGAUUUUAUUUCAAUCAAUUUUUUUGAUUUGUUUGAAUGGAAGAAGUAGAAUGGUUUUCUGCAAAAAAACAUGUUGUCUUCAUUUGAGCAUAUAUUAUGUGCAUCUCCAGUACAUAGAAGAUAAAUAUUCUUUCCUAUUUCCUUCAUCUCAUUCUUAAGCACGGUAUGCAUAGCAUAUCUUUAAAAACUUCCUAUUUUGGCUAGGAACAUUACUUUCUUUUGUGCUUACUGUGGUAAUUACCAUCUCAUAUUGUAGCCAUACAAGUAGGAUAACUUUAAGUGAACUUCCAGUUGACAGAAAAUGGAAAGUCGCUUUCUUAAAAUAAUGGACUUACAAUGGCACUGAUGUUGUCAUGGUGUUUGUAUCCUACUUGAUCCAAAGGUUUACUUACGUUUCUAGCAUUAAAGAGGAAGCGUAAAAAUAGUAUAGUUAGUUGCGAUUGAAGAAAAUAAAUGAUCAUCCUAGUACCUUGUCAACCUACUAACACGCACAAUAUUAAUCCUUCAAAAAAAAAGUUUCUUCUGGAGAGCACACACCCCCUAGAAAAUUAAAAAAUUAAUGAUAAAAUAAAAAAAAGAAAUAAUUAAGAUAAAAAAGGAGUAAAGGAUUGGAAAAAGACUUUCAGUACAAGGUAUAUCCAACAUUGUUGUCUGCUUAAUUCUAUUCCUCCGCCAUAUACCAUCCUCACUGUGUGCUCAAUCAAGCUGCCUGGAAAGAAAAUUCUGAUUUUUUAAAGGAUUGGAUGAAUUUUUAAUAAAAGAAGAAGAAGGAUUGCUAAUUUUUUAUAUUGAAGCUGUUUAAUAGCCAGGCCUGACAUACCUUUCAUGUUGUUUCGUUCCUUCCAAUCGCUCCUCCCUGGAGCAAGAUGGGGUGGUCUUCUUAACUCUUUCUCUAUGAAAAGAGCACAAUUUCUUCCAAGUUUACAAGGACCCAAUGGCGUAGGAAAUGGACUUUUGCGCUCUUCAUUCCCUACUUUCGAAGGAACAGGCGUGCAGCAACAAGUUCGAUGGAAAACUAUGGGAAACGAAUAUCAACCUUCGAACCGUAAAAGGAAAAGGAAGUUUGGAUUUUUAGCCAGAAUCCGUUCCGCCAGCGGUAGAAAAAUAUUGAGAAACCGUCGCAAAAAGGGUAGAAUGUAUCUAACCCAUUAAUCAUUGCUUCCCCCCUUAAAACAUGAUAUUUUUUUGUGUCUAAUGAAUUGUGCUUUAUUUUCCUACUUCAUAUCUAGCGCUAGGUAUACCUACUCAA